UAGAAGCUGAAAGUAACCAAUCUCUCCCUGAAAUUGUUUUGGGAUAUGGCAGCAGCGUCAGCGUCAUCUCUUGCUCUCUUCCACAAACCCACCUGCAGUUUCUAUUUGGGCCCGAGCUCAAUCUUCCUCUGCUCUUUCUCUGCUCCUCCUCCUAAAACUAUGGCCGAUCUAGUCAAAACCCAUGCUUGGAGAGACAUAGACGGGGAAGAAGGGUUUCAGGCGUUGGAGCAAGAGGGUUUUAGUCCGUCCAACGAUUUGGUCUCCGGUGGGAUCAACGCCGUCGCUAAUCGUCUGAGCAAAUGGGUGGUAGCUGCUGUGUUUGGAUCGGUUCUGCUUCUACGACAUGAUGGUGCAGCCUUGUGGGCUGUCAUUGGCUCCGUUUCCAAUUCCGCCCUUUCCGUAGCUCUCAAACGCAUCCUUAACCAACAGAGACCUGUUGCAACUCUGCGUUCUGACCCUGGGAUGCCUUCUUCUCAUGCUCAGUCCAUUUCUUUCAUCUCUCUCUUCUCUGAAGCUUCACACCGCCAGUCAAGUGGUGGUGGGUGCAAUCGUGGGCUCUGUUUACUCCACCUUGUGGCACAUAACCUGGAACUCACUUGUUCUCCAGCCUUUCGCCUCAUCAUUCUCCGUACAAGUAGCUGUAUUUACGGUUGCUGCUGCAUCUGCUCUGGGUUUUGCAGUUUAUGUGCUACUUAACUGGUUCAAAGAUGACAAAGAAAAUAUAAGUAGAGGGUUAUAAAACCAUUCCUUUGUUUCCCAUUUCACUCCAUUACCACUUUGUCUUCUGUUUCUCGUCACAAAACGUUAAUUAUUAUUUUUAAUGUAUAAAACGAAACCAAUAGAGAAGCAAGUGCUGCUUGCUUUAUAUGAGCAUGUGAAAAGCCAGAGGCCAGCCUCAAUGCGAGAAAUGUCUGAUCCAAACAUUUUAUUAGAGAGAAAAACAAGAGUUUGCGGAAGCAAGCAAGCAACUGAAUGCAGUAAUAAGAUUGGAGCUUAAGCCUAGGAAUAAGUAAGCAAAUAGAGCUAAGAUACUAGAUAUAGUGAUUUUUAAGGAAGUCUGGUCUCUAAUGAAUACUGACAGAAAACAAAAGAAAAACGAAUCACAAUCAAAUGAGUGGAAAGAUCCAAAUCAAGACGUACGCUGUUCUCGGAAGUGAUUUUUGCCUUGGAGGCGACAGCCGAGCCGAUCAAGUGCUUGACCUGUUUCCCGGAUCCAGAAUCCUACGCUGUACAAUGCUCUCCCCAUCUUCUUCGAUGAUUUAAUUAAAUUAAAUCUCCCAAUUUGAGGGUUUUCGCCGGAGGAAGAAGAAGUACGUAGUCCUUUCACGGUUUCCUUGGUUUACUCCUCAAUAUGCCGGUUAUUAGCCGGUUUGUGUUACUUUUUUUAACAAGCCUCCAUCUACAACUGCAUUUUCCAACUACAAGUAUUACUCAUGAAGUAGGCACAUCACAAUUUCUGAAAUGGAAGUGUUCGGACAAAUUUACUUUGUGUUUUUGAUCGCCCAAGCCAUUAUCAAACUGCUAUUCAUUAGGGCCAUCAAGAUAGACUCCUAAAUUCAGUUGACCAAAAGAAAAAACGCUAGAGAGAGGGGUCGAACCUCUGACCUUGUGGUUAACAGCCACACGCUCUAACCAACUGAGCUACUCCAGCUUCUUUCACAGAAUGUUUAUACUAUAUUCAAAUUUAUAUCGAACCGGCAAAUCACAAUAAGAGUUUCUGAUUACUUUUUAAACUCUAGUUAUAAUGCUUGUGAUUUUAGGGGCUGCUCGAUACAGUUGUGAUGAGUUAGUUAAAAGCCUCAACACAAACACGUUUUAUUAUUUUCAUCAUAUUCAAGAAAUUUAACAAUUGGAGUUUUCUAUAUUAUGAAUAAGGUAACUGAGUGAAAAUUGCUAAAAAAAAAUACUUUUACUAAUGUAAAAGUAAACGUUGAAAGAAAAAUGUAAAAAUAGACUAAAAAGUAAUAUUAGAGGUUUCAACUAGAUUUCCAAUUAAUUUAAUUCAAUGGCAUGUUGUUAAGUAUAUAUAUGUAGGUGAUCUCUUAUUAUGAGAAACGAAAUAGAAACAAUAAUGUGGUCUAGAUCAAAAGUGAAGCUGCCAAGAGAUUUGCUCCUAUUUUGGAGAAAGAGACAGCAAACACUAGUGAAAUGGAAUGGCUUCGUUACACAGAGACAAUACACCAAAUCACAAUGUUGAUUACUGGAUUGGAGCUUACCAACGAACAAGCCAAGGAGCUGAAGAGAAAGAUGUCUGGAGAAACCUAUCAGUAUGCCAACUCCAAGCAUUGAACGUGAGAACAGAUCAGUGGUGCACCGUGACACUUAUUGAGAAAUCAGAAGAUAGGUUGAUCUUGGACUGGACCCAUUCCACCGACUGUCAGGUUGAGAAAACGUUUGACUUUGAUUUCAGUAAUAGCUUCUGGAAGGAUGAUGAUCACACCGGAUGUGAUAGAAGUUCUAUGCAACGAGAUAGUCUAGUAACUAGAAGUGUCAACCAUACCACCAUUAAUUAGGCUUGGUUGCUAGCUACGAAAAGAUUAUAUUAUAUGUUUUUAUUUUAUUUUAUCUAAAGAUAAACAUAUGCUAAUUAUAAUAUAUGGUUGUAUUUUAUUUCAUAUAUGGAUAAACAAUAUGUUGUUUUAA